UAUAAUGACAAAAUGGCGAAUAACCAGGGUGAUUAUAUUUGGUGGCCGUGGAAUAAAGUUGUAUCAGUAACACUAGUACUUAUUUUUUCUUCAUUGAGAAGUAAAGUAUCAGGGCUGAAGUGCUAUUGUGUUCAGCAUUGUCCAAAUAAUGAAUUAGAAGGAAUCUGUGUGGCCCGAGAAGGUGGUCGCUGUUUUAGUGCAGUAGAGGAAGUUGAAGCUGACGAUGGACAGCUAGAAGCUGAACGCACAUAUGGCUGUUUGCCUCCAGAUGAACGUGGUUUCAUUCAAUGUAAAGGGAACCUUGUUCCACACCUUGUUCCAAAGUCUAUAGAGUGUUGUGAUGAAACGGACAUGUGCAAUAAGGCCCUUAAUCCAAAAUAUACAGUAAGACUACCUACUCAGAGCCCAGGAGAGUUUUCAACUUUUGAUGACAGUAUUCACCAGAUAGCACUUUUAAUAUCAGUGACUGUCUGUUUUAUUUUCCUGAUUGUAUUUGUAUUGGUUGCCUAUAUCAGAUGCAAAAAGAGAGAAGAAAGAAGACAAAAUUACAUAGCCUCAGAACAGUGUAAUGUUUUUAUAGGCAAAGGAGAAACCAUCAAUGAUAUGAUUGACCAGUCAUUAAGCUCUGGAAGUGGAUCUGGCCUUCCUAUACUUGUUCAGAGAACAAUAGCCAAACAGAUUGAGAUGAUUAAGAGCAUUGGAAAGGGUCGAUAUGGGGAGGUGUGGAAAGCUAAGUGGAGGGGUGAAAACGUUGCAGUUAAAGUUUUCUUUACAACAGAAGAAGCCAGUUGGAUCAGAGAAACAGAAAUUUACCAAACUGUCCUAUUAAGGCAUGAAAACAUUCUUGGUUUUAUUGCAGCUGAUAUUCGUGGUACAGGCUCCUGGACCCAGCUUCUUCUCAUCACUGACUACCACGAUCUUGGCUCUUUGCAUGACUACCUGAAACUUCAUACUUUAGAAGUUCCUGACAUGCUUAGGUUGACCUACUCAAUGUCUUCAGGCCUUUCUCACCUUCAUACUGAAGUUUUUGGCAAACAAGGUAAGCCUGCUAUUGCUCAUCGAGACAUUAAAAGUAAAAACAUCUUAGUGAAGAAGGACAGGACUUGCGCUAUAGCAGACUUUGGCUUGGCUGUAAGAUAUGACAGCAAAUUGAAUGAAAUUGACAUUGCUGCCAACACGAGAGUUGGAACUAAACGUUACAUGGCACCAGAAGUUCUUGAUGAGACAAUCAACACUUCUCAUUUUGAUUCCUACAAGAUGGCAGACAUGUAUUCCUUUGGGCUUGUUCUUUGGGAAAUUGCUCGGUGUUGUGUUAAGAAUGGUGUGGUGGAUGAGUACGAGCUACCAUAUAAAGACUGUGUACCUACAGAUCCAAGUUUUGAGGACAUGAAGAAAGUAGUUUGUUUCGACAACAUCCGACCUUUAAUAUCAGUUAGGUGGAACUCUUGUGAAGUGUUACGAACAAUCUGUAAAGUCAUGCAAGAGUGUUGGCACUCAAAUCCAUCUGUCAGACUUACCUCUUUACGGGUUAAAAAAACAUUAUCUAAGUUAAUCAGUAGCCAAGACUUAAAGAUUGUAUAGAGAUUGUGUUACCUCAUAUUGUGAAUAGGCUGCAUAAUCAGUACAACCUUCUCUACCUGGUGGAAGCCAGUUGUAUAUACAAAACGAGAUUCUUGACAAAAUGAAUCUGUGAUUGUUAUGGAUCAUUAAAGACGUUAUUCUCACUCACUACAAAAGUUCUUGAAAAAUGCCUAGGUCAAGAAGGCCUUGUGUCAAGGCUACUCUUAGAAAGUUUUGACAAAAAUUAACUUACCUUUGAGACAAUAAUUAAAGAAAUGGUUAAUCUCACAAUGCUCAACUAGAGAGCCUAGGCACUAAUUAAAUGGAACCACAGAUGUUUCUGGAUUCAUGAGCUUCCAGUUCGAUACCAUCUUUUUUUUUUAUCAUAAACUGGUCACUUGUAAUAUAUGCAAUUUUGUAAUGAAGAGUGCCAUUCAUCAAAUUCAGGCAUUGGAUUUGUAAGUACAAGUAACAUUAGUAUUGUGUAUGAAGUGGUGUUUUGUAAGAAAUAUGUUUUUUAAUGUUUCAUAAAGAGUACUAUGAUCUCCGGUGGCUGUUAGUGGUUUUGUGUUUGUAUACUAAGUAUACCUAGCACUUACCUUGUUACAAAACCUGGAAAUAUAAUGUUUUCUGUUUAUUUUAGUUUACAAAGAGUAGUUGAGGAAAUAUUUAUUUAAUGUUGUAACAUUUUGUAAUUUUGCUUUUUUUAACUGAUUGUUUGCAAUAAUUGUGUUAAAUCUUAAAUGAAUAACAAGUGAUUAGGAAAUUUAAUGAUGAUAGUUUGUGAUUUAAAUUUCAAAUAUCUGCUGCAUACUCUUUUCUUUCAUAGUUUGGCAAUAUAAUUUUCUAAUGUCCCAUUCCUUCAUUGUUUAGAAUCUUCAUGAUUGGUCACAUGAUGUAAUUAUUUUUAGAAAAUGAUUUUUACCUUGGUUAAUUGUGUUUUAAAUUUUGUUUUAACUUAAAAGUUGUUCAAAACGAGUUAUUUUAUUAAUCAAGCCAUCACUGCAUUUAGCUUUUUUUUUAAGCCAGCUAGUGAUCAAAUGUUACAAGUAAUUUAAGGUCAGUAGAAAAGUUAUUCCUUUAAUUAACACUGAGCCAGUUAUUUGUUAGACAAACUCACCUGCUAGUUGUAAUUGUUACUUUGAAAAAAAAUUUUAUACAAGAAAAUGAAAACUGUGAAAAAAAAAAUUUAUGUACAAAAAUCCUAUUAAAAUUUCAACCAAUGUUAUUUUCAUAUGAAUCAUAACAAUAUUGAAAAUGUCAAACGUUUUUUGUUGAAAUGAUGGAUUUUCUGUAUUUUAUAAAAAUUUGAAACAUUAAAUAUGUGCUUUGAACAAACAUCAAAAGUUUAAUUUUUUCAGGGUUGUUUUUUAUCAUGCUGCAAACUUCUUUCCUAAGCAAUUAACAUAGGUUUAGGUAAUUUUUCAUAUUGUUUAUGCAUGUGGAAGUUAUUAAACAACAGAUGAUUUUCACCAAGCAAUUGGUUAAUUUACUUUAUUUACAGUUGAGUAUAGCUUUCCAUAGAUUUAAUGCCCUGUUUUGGGCUCAUACUAAUGGUAAAAGAUAUUUUUAAAAAGUUUAAGUAUAAUUUCUGUUUUUUUUAUCUGUUGAAGAUAACAUACAAACCUAUUACAGAGAAAUGUAUUUUUAAAUGAACAGCCUAUUCAAUCAGGGACGUAACCUGAUAGUCUAGGUGAAAUUUAUGGAAUCAAAUAUUAGUGGAUUGUCAUGUCUCUAACUACAUUAUAAGUUGCCUCAAAGACCUUCGACAAAAGGAUUAAAGGUCCAUACUACUUCAUGUGAAACCUUUUUUUUUCUGUGUUUAUAGAAAAAAAGUAUUGAUUUUAACAUGUACAUAAACUUAGAUUUUAUUAAACAGAUUUAUCCUAUUCAUUUGCAUUAUUCUCUAAAACACUGAUAUACUCCAAAGAACUUUUUUAUGUACUGUAGUACAUUCACACUUUCGCAUAUUAUUUGCUUGUCCUGACCUUGCAAUACUAGAGUUACAGUAGACAGCAGAAUUAAGGACUAAUGAUCAUACUACAAAACCAUAAGUUACUUGCCACAUGAAAUUAACUACAAAUAGACUAUCUUACUAAUAUUCUUGACAAAGGGAGCAGUUGUGCAAUUUUAUGUAACACAUAACAUUUGAAGUUAGUUUAUCAUGAUAAAAAGAUAUGAAAAUAACUAGAAAAAUACACGUCUUUGUCCACACUGCUCAAAGAAGUUGGGGAAUGGCUGUCCCAGGUAAAGGUGAAAUCUGCACGACAGUACCUUAAUAAUAUGCAAAAGAUGUGCUGUGAUGACAAAAAAAUAUCAGGGUUCUUUAUAUUGGAAGGCGAAAAUGUUAUUGGCCAAAACAAGAUCAAAAGUGUCAUCGUGUAAGGAUAUCAUUUUAUGAAACUCCUCAAAGAAGUGCCUCGAUAGAAUGUAUGAUCCUCUCUCACUUCUAAACAUGAUCUUCAUCUAUUACCCAUGCUAUAAAUGAGGGUAAUUACUGAUGCUUAGGGAAUUAAACACCAUUUCCAGAGAAGGGUAGCUGAAAUUUGUGCAAGAAUCUAUAGUGGUAAUGGGUGCCUUGCAGCACCAUGUCUUCCUAGUGCUUCCCAGUGGGAUUAAUGUGCAGGCUAUUCUGUGUUGUCAGUUCCAUGCUCUUAAAGAUAACCUGCUACAGUGAAUAGUCUAGCAUUGUGAGCUACUAAGAUGAAAGAAUUGUUUAAAUCUCUCUUGUGUGGGCAGAGAUACUCAUUCAUGGAAGCAAGAUAUAUAGGUCUGUAUGAUCAUGACCACCAGUUCCAUAUGCUGAUUUACCUUAAAGUAAGCAGAGCGAUAAUGUUUAAUUUUGUGUCGUCUUGCAUUAUUCUACAAUAUGAAGAGAGCACUGGUCUAUCUAGCUCAGUUGCUAUUUGAAGCUAUUUAGCAAUUGUAUGAUACAUUAACUACCUAUCUUGAAGCUAUUUAGCAAUUGUAUGAUAUGUUAACUACCUAUCCUGAAGCUAUUUAGCAAUUGUAUGAUACAUUAACUACCUAUCUUGAAGCUAUUUAGCAAUUGUAUGAUACGUUAACUACCUAUCCUGAAGCUAUUUAGCAAUUGUAUGAUACGUUAACUACUUAUCCUGAAGCUAUUUGGCAAUUGUAUGAUACGUUAACUACCUAUCCUGAAGCUAUUUAGCAAUUGUAUGAUACAUUAGCUACUUAUCCUGAAGCUAUUUGGCAAUUGUAUGAUACGUUAACUACCUAUCCAUUCUCACCAUAAUCAUACUUUGGUGGUGUAGCUAAUUUGCUGAAAUUAGAUCUACAUCCUGUUCAUAACAUUAGACAGUAUCCUGGUCAGGCAGCAUCCUUUGUCUCUUACCAGCUUCAAGCCUUCCAACUACAAACCACAUCAAAUUUUUACUCUAAAUGUCUUCUCUUGACUUUUUAUCUUUGUUUUUCUGUUGAUGCUUAGCUUGUUGUUAACUUGAAGAAUUGAAACAGUUUAAUGACCUGGCCUGUUACCAACUAACUUUUUAUAGUUUGAACAGUAACAUAUUUUGGUAACAAGCUACUUUGUUUGAUAUAUAUCUUUACAAUCAUGUUGCAUCCCCUAUAUUUAAAUGAGACAUUUUUACACCUCAGCUAUUUUCAUAUUCUAAAGUGUUCCCUAACUUAUUUUGAAUAGUGUAUUUUAAUGAAAUUAAUAAUGACUAGCAUAAAAUAUUGUUUAGAUAAAAUAUUUG